AUGGCUGUGAGCAGCCUAUCUAUGCCCCACUGCCUGCCUGAGACUGUUCAUGAGGCCUUGUUUCAUCACAUUAACAAGAGGAAUACCUACUUUGACCCACGGCAGGCAUUCACGGUGGAGGAUGUGCUGGUGAAGCCGAAGCGUUACGACAGUAACACAGCAGCCCUGGAGAUCCUGCAGGGUUGCAACCUCUCAGACAGGGUGGUCCUCAUCACCGGGGGCAACUCUGGCAUCGGGUUUUGAGACACAGCCAAGUCGUUUGCCCUCCGUGGGGCCCAUGUGAUCCUGGCCUGUAGAAACGUCUCCAAGGCCAGCAAGGCUGUCAGCCUCAUACAGCUGCUGGAUGACUGGCACAAGGCCAGGGUGGAGGCCAUAAGGUUGGACCUGGCCUCUCUCCGCAGUCCACUCCACAUCCUGAUAUGUAACGCAGCAGUGUGUACCCAGCCCUGGCAUCUGACGGAGGAUGGCCUGCAGAUCUGCCACCAAGGUCACUUCCUGUUGGUGCAGUGUCUACAGGAAGUGCUGCGAUGCUCUGCCCCAGCCCGUGUGGUGGUGGUGUCCUCUGAGUCACACAGGUUUACAGACCUGCUGGACCAGUGUGGUAAGGUGGACUUGGCUGUGCUGUCUCCUCCUCAGAAGGACUACUGGUCCAUGCUGGCCUACAACCGGGCCAAGCUGUGUAACCUCCUGUUCUCUAACGAGCUCCACCGACGCCUCGCGCCCCACGGGGUCACUGCCAACGCAGUGCACCCUGGGAACAUGAUGUACACGGCCAUCCAUCGUACAUCGUUCUUCACCCUGGCUUGCCCAUUCACCAAGUCUAUGCAACAGGGGGCAGCCACCACAGUGUACUGUGCAGUAGCUCCGGAGCUGGAGGGUUUUGGAGGCAUGUACUUCAACAACUGUUUCCGCUGCCUACCCUCCCCCCAGGCCGAAGACCAGGCCACUGCAGCCAGCCUGUGGGAGCUAAGCGAGCGCCUGGUCUCAGAGAGGCCUUCGGGCCUACAGGCCGUCUGAUGGACAUUCCCACUGAUUAUCAACAGCCUCAUCAGGACUAGAUAGGCGAGGAGGACUAGCCAAUCAGGAAUGGAGAGGGAGGGAGUGGAGAUGAAAACCAAUCAAGUUUGUACAUUGAGUGGACUGUAGAAAGCUGCCAAACCUUUGAACUGGACCCGUCACUUCACUAAGGAGUAAAAUACAUGUACAAAUACAUCGUAUCUAAUAGCUACAGGUUGAACUGUGGUAGUUUAACACUAAAGGGAGAGGAGAAGAGAGAUGGUCUGAGUGGCAACACAUCCCCUCUGACCGUCUUUAUGGCAGGGCAGGGAGAGUUCACCAGUUCCAGCCAAAGUGGGCCUGUGUUUUUCACUCCAGUGUGUUGCCACCUGCAUCACACACUGUGUAUCUUCCCUCUGUGUCUCCAGUCUCCUCCUGUAUAUAUCUAUUCUAUGUCUGUCUACAGAGAUAUAGGGAGUGGUGAGUAUCAUUGUGCUAGUUUAGGGGGAUUGAAGGGGGUAGGAGAAAUAAGGAGGUAUAAUGUAAUGCCUAUAUACAGAGAGGUAUGGUUUCGUGGCUAUAUACAGACGCAGUAGUUUUGUUUCAUACGAUGCCCUACUAUAUAUUAUUUACAUUCACAUCAUGGGCUAAAUGGGACUCGCUGUCAUCGCUUCUCCCCUCUACAGUAUCUGUCUACAGUUAAAGACCUCCAACCUACAUAUUAUUACAUAGAAUACUCUACAAAAUGCUAUUUACAAUGAGGAGAUACUGUAUCUUUGUCAUGUUGAGUCAGAAUUGCGUCCGUAGCUACUGGUGAUGCCAGAGGAAGAGGGAAUCCAGGAGUUUUAGUAGUUGAAUCAAACAUGAAGUCUUUUUCUUGGGUGUUUAGUUUUGUUGUCAWUUGUUUCUGUCAAUAAUCUCGUCAUGAAAGACAGAGUGUACAGGGACUGUUGGUUGGUUUAUGGGUGGUUUGGAGACGUUGUGUGGACGUUGUGCUUUGUCGCAGUCCGGUGCCAUGGAGCGACGUUGGUAAGACAUCACCAAUCCUCUGUCAUGGUUUCUGUAAAGGAAGAGAGAGGACUCAUUAAAGACUGUUGUUGUA